UUUGACACUUUCGACUUUAAUUGUUCGCUUGUGAAAGACCUUGAUAGAGGUAUAGUGAAAGAUCAAGGCUGUCUGCCUGCCUGCCUUUGGCAAUGUGAGAGUUGGAGCUUACAAGAGAUUCCUGGUAUGAUCAUUCAUCAGUAUUUAUUUUUUAUAAAAAUGAUAUUGAAUUUACUUCCUUCACCUUUCAACAAAGGUCAGUGUCAUAUGGAAAAGCAGCAUGGAAAGUUCAUUUCAUAUCAUCAACGUUAAAACGGAAUUUAUAAAAAAUAAAAACAGAAGAACAAUAUGAAACGCUAAAAACGGGGUUUUCUUAUUGAAAUUGCAAAAACGAGGAUAUUUAUAUACCUAGUACCUGCUUCCAUGUCCCUAUAUUCGAUAUUUUACUGCGUAUUGGAAAACUAGAUAAACUGACUAUCACAAUUGAUUUCUGUAUACUUAAAAAUAGAAUUAAUGUCUCUGGAAACGUCCAGCUCGCAUUUUCUGAAAUUCUGAUACUCACCGGAGAAAGACCCUAUCGUCAUUCUCAAAUAAGCGAAAUGAGCCGUCUUUCAAAACCAUUUAUUAAUAUCAUCGAAAAGUUGAGGGAAUGGAAUGCUACUGUAGGUGAAGAGUUUGCUCGAGUUGUGAAUGAACAAAGCGAUACUACGUUCGUUAUUCAAUCUGUUGAAUUUCAAAACAACCCUAUUUUCGACUCUACUCCAUCUCCUAGUGUUCUGAUAGAAUUUACUCGGUCGAAUUUCCAGGAUUGUGAUUACCAAUCUGUUCACCUAACAAUACCUAUUUCGUAUCCUAAAGUACCUCCAACCGUACUUCUUAAGGAUAGGAAAGGAAACUUUCAUUCAUAUAAAAUCCUUUUUUUGGACCUUUGGGAAAAUGAACCUUCCGUUUUCAACCUGAGUCGUCUUAUUCACAUUCUUAUAAACCAAACAUUUCCUAGACAAACUCAAAGUCAGGUACCCCAAGCUCCCCCAAAGCCAAAACCGCCAGCUACAAAUACUACCAACCUCACAAGUAGCCUUCAUUCCUUGUCCUUGAAUCUAUCAAAGCCUCCCGUCCCUGAGAAGCCCUCUAGUCCGAUAGCAUGUCGAGUUUCCUCUCCGUCGACAGAAAAAAUAUUUCCUGCGAAAAAUAAGGAUAACUAUUCUAGCCCUAGUCUGCCACCUAGACCCGCUCCCUAUACGAACCUCGUCCAAAAUUCUUUUCGACCAAAUAACACUUCAAAAGACUCCUCUUCCUUACAAGCUCUAGAGAAGCAAGAGCAUCACUCUUCACCAGUUUUGCCUCCGAAACAAAAGUUUCCCCCCGUUCCUUCAAAACCACACUUGGAUGAUUCGCUUUCACAAACGAACACAAAUGCAGUCCCCAUCAACAAGUCCACAGUGAAUUUAUUAGACGAAGAAAUUAAUUUUCCCAUUCAACCUCCAAAUCAUGAGGAUAAGAAACUAGAAGUUACUCAAAAACGUUUGGAUGAAACAAAAAGCCGAUGGAAAGAGAAGCUCGAUGCAGAACUUAUGCAGCAAAUCAAGACAUUUCAAAGCCUUCGACAGAAAAAAGAAUUACUAGAUAAUGAAAAGCGUUCGUUGCAAGAAUUGGCAAAAGAAAUCGACAGGAAGCGAUUUUUGCUGGGAAUGACUAGGAGAAAGCUCAAAGAUGAAUUACGAAGAACUAUUACAAUUGAAAACUUACCGAUCGAGGAGUUGUUCAUAAUACCUUCGGAAGCGGAUAGGAAAAAGUACAAACUGAGUUCGAAUGAUGCUAUCCUGAAUAAUAGCAUACAAGCUUUGAAUUCAGCAUUGACUCAAGAAUCAAUUUCUGUUCAUGCAUGGCUCAAAGCGGUCAAGUUACUUGCUAGGAAACAGUUUUUUGUUCGCGACGAUUUGCUUCAUCUAUAGAUGGAUAUUUGUUUUAUAAUGAAAUGCUUUAUUUAUUCAGAAUCGCUAUCAUACAAAUACUCGGAUUCCGAUACCCCUUUUAUCUUUUCUUUUUCCUUUUCUCUGAAGUUAGCAUCCAAAAAUUCAAAGAUUCCAUGACUUACAAUCAUCACAUAAACAAUGCUUUCCAGUAAGAGUAAUAAGCUUAGAGUUAAAUUCGUAUAAAAUAACAGAGGCCUUUUAAAGAUAAA